CGGUCAUAUUUCCAUGUUACACGACUUGUUUACUGAAAACAGGGUGGACUAUCUGUGCUAAUUAGCUGUCGGCGUCUCUGAACACCUGUAUGUAAACGGAAGACAAAAGCCACACAUUUAUCACGGAAAAUACUGUUGGCUGCAACUGUGUUAGAACAGGUUAAAACAGUGUACAAAGGAAGCAAACAGCCACAGUCGAUGGAGAACGAUCAACACAACCAGCGGCAGGUCAAUCACCCAAGGCCCUUCUUCUAUGUUCAGCCGGCUUCUCAACCUUACUACAACAUGUAUCAGCAUCAUAAUCAGUGGCAAAAUAUGAGCAACCCAUAUAACCACUAUACCUUACCUGGUUCAGGAAGUUAUCCUUUUGGACGUCCUAGUUCAUACAUGUCCCCAUACCCAUACAUGCAGUAUCCUGGUCAGUACAUUGUUCCACACAUGCAUCCAGUUGAUUACAGAUGCAUGUACGACCCACCUCGUUUCCACCCACCUCCGAUGCAUGACCCCAUGUUCCGCCACCAGCAACAACAACAACAACAACAACAACAACAACACUACAGUGCUCAGGCCCAGAGAGAGGUGGCCUGCUCGGAGGCUCAGACCCAGUCCAGUGAUGCUCUGAACAAGCUCCAGACCAACGAGAAGCAAGGCUCUGAGAAAGAACUUGAUUCCGGAGUUGUUUCCCAAGCUUCUGGAAUCUUCUCGUCAGAGAAUAAGGAAGGGAAACGCGAGGUGGGGGGAGACAUGCACAGUAGUCAUGGAGCCUCGUAUGGUAAGUUGGAAAGCAGCCGUUUGCAAUCGUCGUCUCCACUGGCCAGGUUGUUCAGCGUCAGUGACUCCACAGCGGCGGUCUACGACGGCGAUUCGAGUCGGAGCCUCGGAGACCUGGGGCUUCAGGAGGGCUGGGCUGUAGACUCUGACGAGGAGCUCCCAUUGGACAGCUCAUCUGUUCAGGAAGAGGAUAUCCAGGACACGCGGCAUCACGCAGAGGAUGAGUCUCUUCAUAGCUGUUCUUCUGAGAAUCUUUGCCUCCUGUCCGCCGUCUCGCAGUCCGACGACAGCCCCAGACCCGAAGACCCAGACAACCAGGCAGAGGAGGGGAGCGCCAAUCCAGACACUGGUACUAGUUCCACUGAGGCACUUCUGAGGCCUCGGAGUCACUGCUCCAACCUGCUCUCCCCCCAGUCACGACCACCAUCACCCUUAGCCUCUGACUGGCAACCCUUAGAGCAACAUGGAGGAGAAACGUUUGAUGUUCCAGAUGGGAGUCUGUGUGAACUGGACGUUGACCUGUCCUACCAGAUCCUCUGUCUGCCCUUUGACAAGGUGUUUACAGCAAGCGCUCUGCAGAAGGACGUCUCUACCAGCUCCAGCGUUGCUCUGCUGUGUGAAGACCUCCAGGCCUCUCUGUCGUCUUCUCUCGCUACUUCCUCCACCACCCCAGUCCGUCACCACCACCACUACUACUGCCAGCCACAGACGGCUCACGAGAGGCUCAGUGUCCUGUGUUCAUCCCUGGACGAGCUCUCGUCCCGGGACGAGAUGUUCUCCACCGAUCUGGAGGACGUGGACGUGUUUCCCGGAUGUUCAGUCUACGCGAGGGGGAGGUUCUCUGACGACCUCAGAGAGGCAGAGGUCAAGGAAGUCUGUCCCCAGUCCAAGAAGCUCAUGUGCGUCUGUUGUGGCUCGAGCCUGCUGAAAGGAGGAGGGGUGAGCAGCAGGGUUAAAGUUCAUCACAGCCCCAGGGUGUACGCCGCCGGGGACUCUGACGGGGUGGUCGAGCAGGAACAACGAGGAUGUGUAAGGACUUGUGAGAGAGCGCACCCCAGUAGGGUGGUCGUGAAGAAGCACCCUGUCCACAAGAAACACCAGCCUCUCCCUCUACACAUCCGACAUGCUCCCAAGCACAGCUGUAAGAGAGGCCAGUGGAGAGAGGCUAUUGGGCCCGAGGAGCAGGAACCAGAGACCGUGUUGGUGGGAUCAGAGCUGAAGUAUUAUGAAGGCCAUGUGGUGGAGGGGGAGAGUGGACACGGAACUGGGGAUAAGCAACACGGGACAUAUGGACUGUGCCGAGAUGGCGUUAAUACUUCAGAUCCGGGCACAUGGGAGAGUGGAGGUGCCAAGCCUAGACAGAAACCACACAGCUCACUGCCUCGACCAGAGAGACCAGCACUGAGGAAAGCUCUGUGUAAGCCGCUGGUAUACCAGAGAGUCAGAGAUGAGGAAAAUGACGACGAGGUUCCACCAGGAGAGGAAACACAAGGGUUUGAUAUCACAUCCUUGAUGAAAUCAAAGAAAAUGUCACAAACAAAGAGCACUUAGUAAAAUGCAUAACCGAAAAUGUUUCGGAUGGACACCAUUUUGUUUUUGUGAUAAAUAAAACCAAGGAGAUAAAGCACUUCCAGGAGGUCCAUAGACACUGUCAGUUGGCUAGCACUGUACUGUAUGUUGGUAAAAAUGUCCCCUCGGUCAGCACAGGGUUUGGUGGCUUUGAAAAUCAGAUUUGAACUGUUGUGACCAGUGGAUUAUAAAAAUUUAUUUCAUAACACACACUAGU